AUGGCUUCCUCCGCUCCCUCGUCCUCCAACGACGCUCCGGACCCCACCCCAACUAAUUUACGACCCACAAGCUUGGAAAGACCCGUUUCGAAACGAAACGAUAAAUCCGUGAAGCCCUGUUCCGCGCCGUUAAGCAAGGUGCGGAAAGUGCUCUACACAAAGAAACCAUCUUCUUGUUGGGAGCGGGAGAGUGGAAAUACUCGACGUAGUAAAAUUGCUCAGGUGCGUCUUCAGCGGUUUGGCCCCCGCCAGCUGACGAUUCGCAGCCCAGAGAGCGACACAGAAGAGUGGGAUUUCAAGAGCAGCCGUGCGGCGCUGAACCCCCCGGCCGCGGAGGCAACCAGGAUCUCCUCCAGCCGCCCCCGACGUGCAUCGGCCGGCGGCCCCGCCCCGCGCCGGGGCGCCGUGCGUCGGCCGGCGGCCACGGCACGGGCCGGGACCCGGCAGGAUACAGAUGAAAGGUUUGCUACAGUCAUGCGCUUCCCCCCGGGCGUGGAAGAAGCCCUCGAGGGCAGGCUGCCGCGCUUCCCUGUAGCCCGGGACACGGGUCUGCGCUGGGGAGCGUCCCCUACCCUCCCCGGGAGGAGCUCGGGCAACAAGAGGUCCUCCUCUCCGGCGGACAUCCCCAGCCGCGACGAGCGUUGGUUUCAAUUGUUAGUUGUUUUAAAAGAAAAGGAAGAAAAAAGGAGGCCGACGCUGCCGUGGAAAAUCCGCAUCUCCUGGGCACGUGCUGGGUUCCUGCAAAGGACCAACAGCCUGGAAGACAAGGGCCGGAUCGUCAGCUCCCUGAAGGAGAGGCAGUCCUCCAAGAGCCUGCUGGCGUGCGAGAACAGCGAGAAGGAAUCCAGGUUCCGACGCACCGAGACAGACUUCUCCAAUUUGUAUGCCAGAGAUUUGCUGCCCGCCAAGAACGGCGAGGAGCAGACCAUGCAGUUCCUUCUGGAGGUGGUGGACAUCCUCCUCAACUACGUGAGGAAGACGUUUGACAGAUCAACCAAAGUGCUGGACUUCCACCACCCGCACCAGCUCCUGGAGGGCAUGGAGGGCUUCAACCUGGAGCUCUCGGACAACCCCGAGUCCCUGGAGCAGAUCCUGGUGGACUGCCGGGACACACUGAAAUACGGAGUGAGGACAGGUCACCCUCGCUUUUUCAAUCAGCUGUCCACAGGGCUGGACAUUAUUGGCUUGGCUGGGGAGUGGCUGACGUCAACUGCUAAUACAAACAUGUUUACCUAUGAAAUUGCCCCUGUUUUUGUCCUCAUGGAACAAAUAACACUUCAAAAGAUGAGAGAGAUUAUUGGAUGGUCAAAUAAAGAUGGUGAUGGAAUAUUCUCACCUGGAGGAGCUAUCUCCAACAUGUACAGCAUAAUGGCUGCACGCUACAAGUAUUUCCCUGAAGUCAAAACCAAAGGCAUGGCUGCAGUCCCUAAACUGGUUCUCUUUACCUCGGAACAUAGUCACUACUCAAUAAAGAAAGCUGGAGCUGCACUUGGAUUUGGAACAGACAAUGUGAUUUUGAUAAAAUGCAAUGAAAGAGGCAAAAUAAUACCAGCUGAUUUGGAGGCAAAAAUUUUGGAAGCAAAACAGAAGGGAUACAUUCCUCUUUUUGUAAAUGCAACUGCAGGCACAACAGUAUAUGGAGCCUUUGAUCCAAUACAGGAGAUUGCAGAUAUAUGUGAAAAAUAUAACCUCUGGCUCCAUGUAGACGCUGCCUGGGGAGGUGGGCUCUUAAUGUCCCGAAAGCAUCGUCAUAAACUGAAUGGAAUAGAAAGAGCCAACUCAGUCACUUGGAAUCCACACAAGAUGAUGGGAGUGUUGUUACAAUGUUCUGCCAUUCUUGUCCGGGAGAAGGGUAUACUUCAAGGCUGCAAUCAAAUGUGUGCAGGCUAUCUCUUCCAGCAAGACAAACAGUAUGAUGUAUCCUAUGACACUGGAGAUAAGGCAAUACAGUGUGGUCGACAUGUGGACAUUUUCAAAUUCUGGUUGAUGUGGAAGGCAAAGGGUACAGUAGGAUUUGAAUAUCAGAUCAACAAAUGCCUGGAGCUGGCAGAAUAUCUCUACACUAAAAUCAAAAACAGAGAAGAAUUUGAGAUGGUUUUUGAAGGGGAGCCAGAGCAUACAAAUGUAUGUUUUUGGUAUAUUCCGCCAAGUCUCAGGGGCAUGCCAGACUGUGAUGAGAGAAGAGAAAAGUUACACAGGGUGGCACCGAAAAUCAAAGCACUGAUGAUGGAGUCAGGUACUACCAUGGUUGGAUAUCAGCCUCAGGGUGAUAAAGUCAACUUCUUCCGAAUGGUCAUCUCAAACCCAGCAGCAACUAAGUCUGACAUUGACUUCCUCAUUGAGGAAAUAGAAAGAUUGGGGCAGGAGCUGUAGUACAGUGGUUGAAUUAUUUAUUUCUCUAAUUCACUGUUUUCCAGCACUGGCUAUUUUUUUA